GUACGCAAUCCGCUUCCUCCCAAUAGAAGGCCAGACAAGUAAAGCGAAAAUAGAGGUUUUCUAAUGAAGCAGCUGAAGGAAAUCCACGCUCACACCCUUCGCAACGGCAUCGACCACACCAAAUACCUCAUCGUGAAACUUCUCUCUCUCUCAAACAUCUCAUACGCACGCUCUCUCUUCGAUCAUCAGCUCAUUUUCCCAACCACGUUCCUCUACAACAAGCUUCUCCAAGCUUACGCCUCCCACGCUCUUCCCUACCAAUGCCUCUCCCUCUUCUCUCAGAUGCUCUCCCACUCCUCCACACCUCCAAACACCUACUCCUUCACCUUCGUUUUCACCGCCUGCGCUACCCUCCCGUCGUCGCCCAAACACGGCCGAGCGAUCCACGCCCUAUUCCUUAAGAUGGGUUUUCGAUUCGACGCAUUCGUUUUCACUUCGUUGGUUGAUAUGUACGCGAAAUCUGGGGUUCUCGAGUAUGCACGUAGGGUGUUCGACGAAAUGCCUGAGAGGGACUUGCCCUCUUGGAACUCAAUUGUAGCGGGUUAUGCUAAGUGGGGGGCGCUGGCGGAGGCGAAUGAGCUUUUUGAGAGGAUGCCUGGGAGGAAUGUGGUUUCUUGGACAGCGAUGGUUUCUGGGUACUGUCAGAAUGGGAGGUUUGAGGAGGCAAUGGAGGUGUUUUUGAUGAUGGAAAGGGAGGCUGGGGUGAGGCCAAAUGAAGUGACGCUGGCGAGUGUCCUUCCAGCUUGUGCGAAGCUUGGGGCGUUGGAGUUGGGGGAGAGGAUCGAUAGGUAUGCAAGGGAGAAUGGGUUCUUGAGGAAUGUGUUUGUGGCAAAUGCUUUGGUUGAGAUGUACGCCAAGUGCGGGAGGAUUGACAAGGCGCAGCGAAUGUUUGAAGAGAUGGGCAGGGGGAGGAAUCUUUGUUCUUGGAAUUCCAUGAUCAUGGGUUUGGCUGUUCAUGGGAGAUGGAAGGAGGGUUUGGAGCUUUUCCAUGAAAUGCUGGCAAGUGGAAUCACACCCGAUGAUAUUACAUUCGUUGCUGUUCUGUUGGCAUGCACUCAUGGAGGCCUAGUUGACCAUGGUUGGCGAUUUUUUGAAUCUAUGGAGAAAGAGUUCUCCCUUAGUCCUAAAUUGGAACACUAUGGCUGCAUGGUUGAUCUUUUGGGACGGUCUGGACAGUUAGAUGAAGCUUAUGCUCUAAUAACAAGCAUGCCCAUGAGUCCAGAUUCAGUAGUAUGGGGGGCUCUUUUAGGAGCUUGCAGUUUCUAUGGCCAUGUUGAGAUGGCAGAAAGAGUAGCUGAGUUCCUCUUUGAGCUGGAGCCAUGGAAUCCAGGAAAUUAUGUGAUUCUUUCGAAUGUUUAUGCGGCAUCAGACCGGUGGGAUGGGGUCGCAAAGGUGAGGAUACAGAUGAAAGGGAACCAAAUGAAGAAGGCAGCAGGUUACAGUUUUAUCGAAUCAGGGGGCAUUGUUCACAAGUUUAUUGUGGAGGAUAGAUCACAUCAAAGAUCUGAUGAGAUCUAUGCAUUAUUGGACGAAGUUAUGGCGAAUAUGAAGCUUCUUCGAUACUUUCCCAAUUUGGAUUCCGAACUCGAGAAUUAUGAGUAAAUGGAGACAUGGUUCCAAUGGCGUUGCUAUUUCAAUCUUUCUAUAAGAUUAGGAGUUGGAGUAACUGAGAUUGUAUCUUUUGAAAAGAACAUAGAAAAAUCCUGGCGGGUGAAGCUGAAAUUUUCACAAGCAGAGUUACUACAAGAAAGAUUUCUGCACUUAAGGGUAAAAGAAUAUGCUUCUUUUGUUGAAGAGAUGCCAUUCAGCAAAUGCACAUAAAGAUGGGAUAAAUACAAAAAAGAAGAAGAAGAAGAAGAGCAAACAGAGAAGUGGAAAUUUUCAUGCAUUAGCUCAAAUGGAGUUUACUUGAAGAAAGAUGUUCUCACUCAAACAAUGGAAUAUGCUGCUGUUAUUAAAGAGAAACACCAUUCGAUGAAUGCCACUUGAAGCCAUGAUUGAAAAGAGCCAGUGC